CAGCAACGUACUUUCUCCAUCAUUCGCCUUGCGUUGCAUGAGGUCGGUCGAAGCCAUCAACAUCCACGAUCUUCCUGAAUCCUCAAACUAUCUGCCAUCUCACACUCGCCCUUGUUGGUCACAUUCAAUUUCUGCGCGUGCCCAACGACCGCUUCUACUCAUCCCCGCCUAUCCGAACCUCCGCGCCCUCCUUGCAACCCUUAUUUGGACUUGCCCUCAACCCUUUACACAACUUCUAGUCUAUCCACGACCCAGACCUUAUCCUUAGACCUUCUGUAGUCAAGAUGGCUGAAUUCGUCAGAGCCCAGAUCUUUGGGACCACCUUUGAAAUCACAAGCAGAUACACCGAUUUGCAACCCGUUGGAAUGGGUGCGUUUGGACUUGUCUGCUCAGCCAAAGAUCAGUUGACCGGUCAGUCGGUGGCUGUCAAGAAGAUCAUGAAACCCUUCUCGACGCCUGUCCUCGCAAAACGCACCUACCGAGAGCUGAAACUGUUGAAACACCUUCGACAUGAAAAUGUGAUCUCGCUCAGCGACAUCUUCAUCUCACCGCUCGAAGACAUCUACUUUGUGACCGAGUUACUGGGCACCGAUCUGCAUCGCCUGUUGACCUCCAGACCUCUCGAAAAACAAUUUAUUCAAUACUUUCUCUAUCAGAUCUUGCGUGGCUUGAAGUAUGUCCACUCGGCUGGGGUGGUGCAUCGCGACCUCAAACCCAGUAACAUUCUGGUCAAUGAGAACUGUGAUCUGAAGAUCUGUGAUUUUGGCUUGGCUCGUAUCCAAGACCCUCAGAUGACCGGAUACGUUUCGACCAGAUACUACCGCGCCCCAGAGAUCAUGUUGACCUGGCAAAAGUAUGAUGUCGAGGUGGAUGUAUGGAGUGCCGGGUGCAUUUUUGCCGAGAUGCUCGAGGGGAAGCCACUCUUUCCUGGAAAGGACCACGUGAACCAGUUCUCCAUCAUCACCGAGUUGCUCGGCACGCCGCCGCAAGAUGUGAUUGAGACCAUCUGCAGCGAGAACACACUGCGAUUUGUGCAGUCCCUCCCCAAGCGAGAGCGACAGCCACUGAGUGGCAAAUUCAAGAACGCCGACGCACCGGCGAUCGACUUGCUGGAGAAGAUGCUUGUGUUUGACCCACGAAAACGAAUAUCUGCGGCUGGUGGGCUGCAGCAUGAGUAUUUGUCGCCGUACCAUGAUCCGUCCGACGAGCCCGUGGCCGAUGAGAAAUUCGAUUGGUCAUUCAAUGACGCCGAUCUUCCAGUCGACACGUGGAAGAUCAUGAUGUACUCUGAAAUUCUCGACUAUCACAACAUUGAUAACCAGGACGGAGAAAUGGGCAAAGGUCUCUCGGUGGAGCAGGCACAGGCCGUCAACGCUAACGGGCAGGCCGUGCAAUGAGCAUGAUGGAAAUGCAAACGACAACGAAAGCACAUGAUGGUUAUUGCAAGGGACAAGGGAGCUUGCUAGGUUUACGGGAUAGGUUACACCGGAUCAGUGAAUGGUUGAGUCGAUGAUGAUCAUUGGUCAUGGAUGGGGAGGUGAUUUCGAGACAAUCGUUCGAGUGCGCUAUUGCUCAGUUCACGGCAAGAGGGCUCGCGGCGGCUUGGAAUGAAGAAAAUCGAGGUACACGAAGAGAAUCGUUACAGAGCCCGCAUUCGCGGUUGUCAAGUUGACGUCUGAAGUGCAAUCGUUGAGGCUGCCGGGUAUGCUGACCGCCGACGUGCUGGGAGUUGGUCAAACAGUUUUCAACCAGGCUUGUUGCAUCCCAGCUCCAUGUGGUGCAAGGGGUGAGCGAAUGCCGAUGAAGGUUGAUGCAAGUUCGAUGUGUAUCUAGAAGGCCAUUUUUUGUAUUUGUGAAAUUCCCACAUGGGAUCAUUUGGCUGGCAAGUGUUCAGACCACCUCGUG